CGUUAUUUGCAGUCAAAAAAAAGUCCACGAUUUUGUAUGAGGAACCUUCGUUCAAUCUUCGUUUCAAACUUGGGGCAUACGAUGUAGUAAUCCUGUUAUCAAAUUUUUAAAUCCUGUUAUCAAAUUUUUAAAUCCUGUUACAUACAGCCCAAAAUCUCUGACGAAUCCUCUGAAUUUCUCGUCAACAAUGGCUUCCAUCUAUUGUUGUGCAGAAUGCGGAGCAAAUCUGAAUCUGAAUUCCAGUCAUCUCUUCCCGCCGGAUUUCUAUUUCGAGGCCGGAAACAAGGGCACGCUUUCGUUUUCCUUGAUCGACUCCACCAAGUUCAGGCUCGAGAAAGAGGACAAGCUCCGGCCAUUCUUUGAGACCGUCAACUAUUGGGGAAUCCAGCGGAAACGCACCAAGAUCAAGUGCAACUCAUGUGCGCGUCUCGUCGGCUAUGUUUACGACGAUGGGCCUCCUCUCACCGAGAGUCCUGGGGAGGAGAGGCAAGAUAAUUGACCCUUGUCGAGAAUGUACACAACCCUCUUAAGUUCCUGUUUCCGGAUCGAAUGGCCACUGCUACCAUAUCUGCUAAUGUACAAUAUUAGCAAUUCGAUUGCUUACCUGAGCUAGAGAGGCCAAAGGGCACAAAUGGGAACAACUAAACUUUUCAAAGCAAUCAUAUCCAACAGUAUUGAACCCCAGCUGAUCUAAAUACAUCGGCAAUCCACUUCAGAAAUUCAAUUCUUGACUGGAGAAAUAUAAUCAUUCGUACAACAAGGCAAACCAGAAAAAGACAGACAAACUCCCAUUCAGAAGAAUAAUUGAAUUAGAAUAGUUCAUUUUAUGUCAAAUUCUUUGAUCCGAUCUUUAUUUCUCAUUUAA